AAGACCCGCGAAUUACUUGAAAAAUACAGCGGAAUUCCUCCCUCCCAGCAAUCCGAGCAUGUCCAUAGAAUCCGUGACCAAGCAUGGAACAUCCGCGUCUAUCCCUGCACCGGUCUGGGCGUCUGGCUCGUCCCAACCAUCUCCAGAUCUCCGGCCUACGCCGAGAUCCUCGCCCUCGUCAAGACCGGGGCUCGGUACCUUGAUGUCGGCUGUUUCAUUGGACAAGACAUGCGACGGCUCGUCUAUGACGGUGCGCCAUCGACAAAUCUCUACGGCGUCGACAUUGUCAGCCACUGGGCCGUGGGCUUCGACAUGUUCCGCGACAAGGCGACGUUCUCAGCGCAGUUUAUAGAGGCGGAUUUCAUGGACACCGCGGAGUCGGCGGGCCUGGCGGCGCUGGAGGGCUCGGUGGAUGUAAUUUUUGUGUCGCAGGUGCUGCAUCAGUGGGGUUGGGAGGGCCAGGUGAAGGCUGUGAAAAGGUUGGUGGAGUUCUCGCGGGUGGGAACGUUGGUGGUGGGUUGUCAGAUUGGGACUCUGGAUGUGGGCGGCGUGGAGGUUGAGUUUGGGCCGGUUAAGGUGCCACUUUGGAGACAUGAUCCUGUUUCGUUUGAUAAGUUGUGGCAGCAGGUCGGGCUCCAGACCGGGUCGAAGUGGGCGGUGCAGGCAUGGUUGAGGACGUGGGAGGACAUGGGCUGGGAUCCGCGAGAUCAGGCAUUUUUGGGGGAGAGUGCGAGGGUUAUUGAGUUUGUGGUCCGGAGGGUUAAAUGA